UAAACACAAACACGUGAAACUGUUUUCAGAUUCCUAAUUUCACCAUGCCAUCACGGAAACGCACUCAUCAAGAAACUGACAAUGCGGUCGCAAAAAGCACAACAGUCAGAAGGAGAGAUCAAAGAAAGUUAAAAGCAAAUGCAGAAUCAAAGAUUGGUGCUGGUGGCAAUAGAAUUAGUCAUGUUGAAAUGACUUCUACAGUAAAGUCAGACAACCGCCCAAGAAAUAUGGACUAUGAUUUUAACUCAAUAAAAAUGUCAAACGGUUGUGAUCAGCUGGUUGCGAGAAAAUCAAGAAAGAGGGCUGCAGUGGAUCACUCUGAAGAAUCUGACAAGGGUGCAGGGAAAUCAAGAAAGAAGACACCGAACACUUUAGAUGGUAAACCCAGCAGGACUAAAAGUAAAAGACUUAGAGGCCAUGCAUCCCAAAUAGGUUCAACAACACUGCAUGAUGAUGGUACAAAGAAUGGAAAUAAGACUAGUGGACGAAAGCAGAAACAGGUUUCAGGUGACGGAGGUGAUGAAACAGAAACUAGAACUAGAAAUGUUCAGAGUGUAAAUAAUCUGAGUGAUUCAUGUAGGCAGAAGUCUAAACGAUCUGCAGGGAGAGGUAAAACAAAAGGCAGCACAAUGGUGAAAAGUGAGGUGAAAGAUGAAGAUGUUCCUAUUAAGCUAAAAACAGAGGCACCCGAGAAUCUUGAUAUCAAGUUGGAAAGCAGACUUUGUAGUGAGAAUGUUGAAAAAACUUGUGGUGAGGAAAAUGAUGAGGUUGGUGUCAUGUCAUCAAGUGAUUCUGAUGAUGAGUUUGAACCAGUGACAAAAAAAUUGAAGUCCUCCAGCGAAGAGGAAGUCCAUGAAACAAAUGAAGAUGUUGAUAAAAAGAGUUUGCUUAAUUCAGUAUCAAAGAGUAAAGCUCCUAUAAAAGCAGGUGGAAGGAGGAAAAGAGAAGCGAAAGUUGGAGAUAAAAAGCAGCUCAAUAGUAAAGGACAAGAAACAAAGAAAGAAACUAAAGACAAAAAAGACGUAAAAAAGAAUAGUAAAACUAAUGUUAACAAAAAUUCCUCAUCAAAACGGAAAAACUCAGGAAAAUUAGUAGAGAAAUCCACACAUGAAUCUCAUAAUUCUAGUGAUAUUUCUUGCCCACCAGAAAGUGUUCAUUCUAAAGGACCCUCAGACAAGCCCAAGAAGCCCAUUGACCAUUCUGAUGUAAUGUCAGUGUUACUGCACAUGGAGGGUGUCGGUGAGAAGGCGGGGCCCUCAGGGAUGUGUGUCGGGGGUCAGGACAGUGACGGGGGGAGUGAGGGGGACAGCGAGGAGGAGUCUGACUGGGAGGAGGUCAAAGAUGUUGAAGGCAGCCCUCUGAAGUCUCAGAUUCCCAAAGAACCAGUGGAAGUGAUUUUAGAGGCCCCUAACUUCCUCAAAAAAAGGAAGAAGAAGGAAUUUGAUUGGAAAGCCUACGUCCAAAGACAAAUCAACAGGUUUAACAAAGAACUAAGGGAGGAUAUUCACAAGGUACAUCUGAUGUGUUUGCUGUCUACGGGUCGGUACCUGAACCAGGUGUGUAAUAACUUGGUCCUGAGGGGUGUGGCAUUGUCCCUCCUGCCCCAUGAGUUCUCCUCCCUCCCAUCAGAGAAAUAUGAAGUAUCCACUCAUACAAGAUUUGUAAAUUGGUACAAAGGAACAAUUAGUAUUGAUCCUAGCAUUGGUGAUAAUGAGAAAUCAAAUCUGCCUGAAACUCUGGUAAGAAGAAUGGAGAACAAAACAGUGGCCAGUCGUCAGGAGUUUGUUUUAUUCUACCUAGUGAUGUUGAGAUGUAUAGGUAUUAAUGCCAGACUGGUUACAUCUCUACAGCCCCUACCUCUUAAAAAUACAAAACAGGAAGAUGAUGUGAAGAAAAUCAAAAUAAAAGGAAACCCAGCUGCAAUACAGAAACCCAUCAAGGAAAACUCCAAGAAAAACCCCACUGAAAAGAGUAAGGCAGAGAGUAAAGUCAAAGAAAAAGAAAGUAAAACCAAGUCAGAGAAGAAAAGCAAGGAUAAAAAGAAACAAAGUGCUGCUGGGAAAUCUAAAGGUCAAAGCUCUGUGUCAAAAACUCAAAAAAUCAAAAACAAGAGUCUUAGGGAGCGGGACUCCAAAGUGAGGCCGAACAGUUACCAUGACAACAGUGAUAUUGAUGACUCAGGAGAUGAUUUUGAGCCUGAAAAGGACAAAGAACAUCAAGGGAAAAAGUCGAGGAGUUCAGAUAGCAUGAGCAGUUCUGACAAAUCUUUGGAGAGGUUAGACAGAGAUUCCGAUUUUGAGGAAGAAACAAAAACAUUCAGGUCUCCAGUCAGAAAAUCAUCAUCAGGGAAGAAGAAGAACAAAAAAGUCUUAUCUUCAGACUCGGAUGGUGAGGACCAGGUGUCCAAACAAGGUUGUGACGAAUGGGUAGAGGUUUAUGUGGAACCUGAGAAUUCCUGGAUGUGUAUAGAUUGUCUGAGGGGACACAUUAAUCGUCCUUACCGUAUAGAGAGUGCAGCCACCCAGCCUGUCCACUAUGUCAUGGCUUACAAUGAAGAUGGAACGUGGAAAGAUGUGACAGCCAGGUAUGCUUCUAACUGGAUGACAGAGACCAGAAAACUACGGGUGGAUCCAGAGUGGUGGGAUGAGACAUUGAGUGUGUAUAAAUGUGAGGAAGACAGGGCUGAAGAUGAGGAGAUAAAAGCCAACUUAAUGAAGAGGCCACUACCCACAAAUAUUUCAGCUUAUAAGAGCCAUCCUCUAUAUGCCCUUCGGAGACAUUUGUUGAAGUUUGAGGCUAUCUACCCCGAGUCGUCAGCACCACUAGGUUACAUCAGAGGGGAACCAGUUUAUGCCAGAGAGUGUGUACAUCAGUUACACUCCAGAGAAACCUGGCUGAAAGAGGGCAGAGCUGUGAGAAUUGGAGAAGAAGCAUACAAAAUGGUUAAAUCAAGACCAAAAUGGAAUAAGCCUAAACUUGACCCUGAUGCCCUUGACCUAGAAGUGUUUGGAUUAUGGCAGACAGAAGUCUAUAUACCGCCUCCAGCUGUGGACGGAAAAGUCCCCAGAAAUGCAUAUGGGAAUGUGGAAAUGUUCAAACCUACAAUGUUACCAGCAGGGACAGUUCAUCUCAAAAUCCCAGGUUUAAACAAGGUAGCUAAGAAGUUAAACAUAGAUUGUGUUCCUGCUAUGGUGGGCUGGGACUCUCACUGUGGAUUCUCACAUCCUGUAUUAGAUGGAUUCAUUGUGUGUGAGGAACAUAAAGAUGUUCUACUGGCAGCUUGGGAUGAAGAACAGGAAAUUCAGAAAGAAAAAGAGGCAGAGAAAAAAGAGAAGAGGGUAAUAGGAAACUGGAAGCUUUUGAUCAAAGGACUAUUGAUAAAGGAAAGAAUCAAGAAAAGAUUUAACUUAGUUGACAAGGAAGAAGAAGAAAAAACACAAUCAAAGUCGAAGGGAAAGAAAGCAACAGAUGCUGAAAAGUCCUGGCCUCGAAAGAAUCCAAAGUCAGGGAAAUUAUCACACACACAGGAAACUUUGUGAUGCGAAAAUCCCAGAGAAAAAAAUGAAAAAGCUAGUGAAACUUGAUUAUAUCCAUAUCACUAUAAACAUACAGGAAAGGAACAUUCAAACGUAAAAUCCUUGUGACAAGAGAAACCCGGUGAAAGGGGAUUAUUUCCACAAAACUUUAACAUUUGGAAAACGAAUGUGUUCUCAUAAAAGCCUUGUAAAUAAUGUUUUAAAGUAGGGUCUUUAAGGAUGAAAUAUUUAAAUAUUCCACUUAUCUGGUAAUGAUUGUCACUUCAUGACAUCAAACCAAAAUCCUCAUUCAGAGUGAUUUAAUCUUAUAGUCAAAUAUCAUGCUAUUUAGGAAAACAUGACAUUGCAUAAUAAGCAUUAGUAAUAUACAGAGAUAUUAAAGAAAAAUUGAAAUAGAAAAAAGUAUUAUAAUUUAAAGACACAGAUAAAUAGAGAAAUUUAAAGUGAAAAAGGGAUUAUGUGUUAUUGAUAUCAUGUUGCAAAAAAGCAUAGUCCUCUUUAAAAUAGAUAUAAUAUUUUUCUUUGUUAUGCAUUAAUUUUGUGAGAGUUGUUGAUCAACAAAAUGCACAGCUGGUCUUCUGGUUCAUUGCUUUCGAUGAUAAAUCUGUUACGCAAAAAAUAAAUUAGAUAUAUGAAGAUCUGAAAUAUCCUAGAAAUGCUUUAAACCAACUUUUAUUCGUGACGAAUUUAUUUCGCGAUUUACAAGGAGUAAACUAGUUUGCAACAAUUAAUUUUCGCGAUCGAGCCUAUUUAGGUUCUCUUGUUAAUAGACACAUAUACUUAAUUAAGAACCGGUUCGCAGCAAGAAAUAUUCGCGAUGAUGAGUCAUUUGCAUACUUUGUGAAGAUUUCUCGCACAUGAAUAAAAGUUGGUUUACAGUAUUACAUGUAUUACACUGUAUCUGUGUCUUAUAAUAUGCAUGUAACGGGAUGCAUCACCAAUCUAGAAAAACAUGUAGUUGCAUAUUUAUCUACUUCAUAACCAUCUGACGGUCACUUACACAGUUUCACAGGCACUUGCUUUUGUAAUAAAUGUUUUGACUUAUAGUACGUAUUAUUAUACUAUGAAUAUAAAAAAAAUUUUGCCAAAACAAGUGCUGUUGUACCAUAUACUUAAUAAAUUUAUAAUGAAAAAAAAUCAUUUAUGCUUAUCAGGGAUACUGUAUAGUGGGUUUUCUUGGAGGGUGUAAAAUUUGGUGUUUUACCUGCUCAAAGGUAUGCCAUUAAUUUUGGGGUAAUUUAUUUUAGCGGACAGAGAGUUUCAGCUCUUUGCAGAUGAACUCUUACAAGAGAACUUACUUUUUUAGAGAUUAAAAUUUUAGCAGGCUACCAUCAAAAC